GGUAGUAUAGUACUGUCACCUGAUCAUCAAAUCCAACCAACUUAAGUGAAAUAACUUAAUAUUCAUUACGUUAUGAAAAUUAUAAUAAAGAACAACAUGGAAUUGAAUUUAUUAUUAUUAUUACAGAAGUGUUGCAAUCUACAUAUGAAUAUAUAUCAAAACACAAAGACUGAUAUGUUUGUAUCAAUCAUUGCAACUUUCAAACAUUGCAAAAGUGCUGGCUUCUAGUCUAUAAAUUUCUGAUAAAUUCUAUUCUCAAUAAAAUUUCAUUCUUCCUACUCUGAAGUGUAAGAUCAAACAAUCACUGCAGAACAUUGAACUAUAUGUUUUGUUAUUUGCUUCAAACUGAAGCCUGAUUUUACCCUUGAUUGUUGAGUGUUUUUCUUUAAUAUGUUAUGGUGCUUUAUGUGCAUUAUCAAAAGCAAGUGAUAUUAAAGACUCCAGAUUAUGAAAAGCAAAUAAAUUUUUAGGAAUAUUUUAAGGUUAAGUAUGAGAAAUUUUAUUUUGGUAUUAAAUAAAUGUUAAUUGUCUCUUAGAAAUAUUACUUAAGUAUUCAGUGAAAUGAAGAUGACAUUAUUGGACAAAAAUAUGUUGCUUUAUUGUUAAAUACGAUAAGGAAUUGCUUCAAUAAAUGAUUUAAAUAUUGCCUUCAGUUUACUAGUUUAUUAGUCAGACAUCAUUCGCUAUCUGAUUUUAACUUUAACAUCAAAAAAAGAAACAAAACAAGAAGUUAUCUGUUUGUGUUUUCCUAAAGCUAAUUCUUUACUGUUGUUAUCAAAAAGUGCAACAAAAUUAGUCUUCCAAACCUUACCAGAAACCUGCUGAGUUUAUUGGAAAUAUUGUUUCUUAUUCUAGCCAGCUUUGGUCUUUAAAAGUAAAUUGUUUUCUGUUGCAAAAGUUAUAGUAGCGAAAACUUUUCUAGGUUUUCUAGAUGUAAAUGGCAGUUUGGCCAUCUUAAGUUUUUCAUAAAAAUAAUAGACUUGGUGAACUCCACUGUAUUCCUGUUCAUAAUGAUAUUCAAACACUUGUACACCCACAGAGCAUCCUCUCUACCCUUUCUGUCCUUUCAGUGUUCCAUGUUCUGUUUCUUGUAUUUCAAAAUUAAAAUAAUAAUAGCAAAUUUUAUAAAAAACUUUCCAUUACAUAAUUACAUCUUAAACAAUAAGAAAUUCAGGAGUAAAUUAAUUUAGCUACAAAUGCACUUGGCAUGCAGAAUUUGCAGGUCUUACACUGUAACACUAUCAUUAAAUUGCAGUGCAAGCAUGAUUUUAUUUCUUUCGGCAGUGUGGGGAUUUAGUUUUUUGUUGACAGGGGAAGCAGUAUGUCAAGGCGUGAAUGGUAAUGAUACUUCCUCCCUAGUUAGGUAAAUAAAAAUGACAGGCAAAGUCAAGUACUGCACUGAACUAGAAUGCAUUUUUAAAAUAUGUAUUUGGUAAAGGGGCAAAAUAUAUUUUAUUUUAACAUUCAUUUAUUGAAAGACUUUAAUUAGAUUUGAGCAAAAAGUGAGUAACUGAAACAUUGUCUUACGAGCAAAUAAAUCACUUAAUAAACUUAAGCAUUGCCUUAGAAAUACUGAAAAACUCCAGCCAUAGUAUGUAAUUCCUUGAGGAAUUAAAGGGUAACAGAACUUAAUGGAAUUCCAUGGAUGUAGAACACUUGUUCUGCAAGUCUGAAAAAGAUUAAUUUUUGUGCUAUUUAAUUUAUGCAUUCUGUACAUCCCCUCCCCAUUCAUGAAUAAUAUAUCCCUAUAUGGAGAUUAUGCAUAGCAAUCUGAAUUUUUUCAUUAAAACAUUUCAUUUUUUUUCUGUUCAAAUUUAUGCAUAUUUAUCAAUUUACGCUUAGUUACUAUUAUUUUCCCUUAAUACACUUGCAAAUCCAUAUGCAUAUAAUUUGAAAAUAUGAGAAAUAUUUGUCUUUGGACUAGGCAGUUCUUGGUAGCAAGCUGUAAUGUAAACAUUCCUGAAUAAACAGUCAACAAAACAUAUUCUUUCCGUCCGCAUUGUGUAGUGUAGACAGAUUUCUUCUUUUUUUCUUUCAUUUUAAGAACUUAUCUGGAAAAGGACUCUGUGGUAAUUGAAAAAUAAUGUACAGUGCUAGAACUUUAGAUGUAAGCUGAAGAAGAGGGUUUAUGGCACAAAAUAAAGACAAUUCCAUGAGGUAUGGAAAUGAAUCAUCGUGCUGCAAAAUUUGUAUAAAGAUUUGAACUGAAAUUAGAAAUUCAUUUUUUGGUGACUGAUAUCCAUGUCAAAAUACCAUUCUUUAAUUUAUAAUAUGUUAGUUGCAUUUUAAAUGUUCUUUAACAGUAUAAAAUGCAUUAAGGUUUGACAGAGCUGUGACUCCCUUGUGCCUGUUUCAUAUGAGAAAAGAAUAAUGAAGCUCUGCGAACAGCUGAUGAUGCUUUUGAAUAAAAUCUUUCCCCUUCCCCCUUAAAAAAAAAUGUCUAAGCGAAAGUCUAAAAUGAUUUCAUGUAACCCCAUAGCAUAUCUUGCCCUAAUUUUAAGGAUUCCCUUGCAAAAUUACAUGAAAUAAAUUAGUUUAAGUGUUGCUAAAAGUCAUUUUUAACAUAUUUAGCUUUUUUUAAGCUAAUCUACCUGUGUCUGCUCAGCCUGGGGAAGAAUCUGAGUGGAAGCAUAAUGUAGCACCUUUGAAACUUCAUUGCCACUCUGUUCAAGUGUUGUUUGGAUGUGCUAAAAUCCAUCUUGGCAUUAAUCAUAAAUUAUUGCUUAAGGAUCCAGUGAGGGUUGAUGGUACAGGAGAAAAAUAUCAUGUUUGUGGACAGAUGGAACUUUUUUUAUAUGUACAUCUAUUUGUGUCUGCCUACAAAGCUAAAAGAGGUAUGAUGUCAAAUGACACUGAAUUCAGACUGUAAUAUAUGUUUUAUGUUCUUCUACAGAUAGUAACUUCAUCCUUGCAAAUGCUCAGGUGGCUAAGGGAUUCCCUAUUGUUUACUGCUCAGAUGGCUUCUGUGAUCUUGCUGGAUUUGCACGAACUGAAGUCAUGCAGAAGAGCUGCAGCUGUAAAUUUUUACUUGGUGCUGAAACAAACGAGCAGAUGAUUCUUCAGAUUGAGAAAUCAUUAGAAGAAAAGGUAGAAUUCAAAGGAGAAAUCAUGUUCUAUAAAAAGAAUGGGUCUUCAUUCUGGUGCCUACUGGAUAUUGUUCCUAUAAAGAAUGAAAAAGGAGAUGUAGUACUAUUUCUGGCCUCUUUCAAAGAUAUAACAGACACAAAAGUGAAGAUUGCUGCAGAAGACAAAAAGGAAGAGAAAUGGAAAGGAAGAGGAAGAGCAGGGUCACAUUUUGAUUCAGCACGAAGACGGAGUAGAGCUGUCCUUUAUCACAUUUCUGGACACCUACAAAGAAGAGAGAAGAACAAAUUAAAAAUUAAUAACAAUGUUUUUGUAGAUAAACCAGCAUUUCCAGAAUACAAAGUUUCAGAUGCAAAAAAAUCCAAAUUCAUACUGUUGCAUUUUAGCACUUUCAAAGCUGGCUGGGACUGGCUUAUUUUACUGGCAACGUUUUAUGUUGCUGUGACUGUACCUUACAAUGUUUGCUUUAUUGGCCAUGAUGAGCUGUCUACAACUCGAAGCACAACUGUCAGUGACAUUGCAGUGGAAAUUCUUUUUAUCAUUGAUAUUAUUCUAAAUUUCCGAACAACAUAUGUCAGCAAAUCUGGCCAAGUUAUAUUUGAAGCAAGAUCUAUUUGUAUCCAUUACGUGACUACCUGGUUUAUAAUUGAUUUAAUUGCUGCACUUCCCUUUGAUCUUCUCUAUGCUUUCAACGUCACUGUGGUUUCCCUUGUCCACCUCCUAAAGACAGUGCGGUUGUUACGCCUCUUACGACUCCUUCAGAAGUUGGAUCGUUACUCCCAGCACAGCACUAUUGUUCUCACGCUUCUCAUGUCCAUGUUUGCCUUGCUUGCUCACUGGAUGGCCUGCAUUUGGUAUGUCAUUGGGAAAAGGGAGAUGGAACAGAAUAACCCCCUUACCUGGGACAUAGGUUGGCUUCAUGAACUAGGAAAACGAAUAGAGUCUCCUUACUAUGACAAUAAUACACUAGGAGGCCCAUCAAUCAGAAGUGCCUAUAUAGCUGCCCUAUAUUUCACCCUCAGCAGCCUCACAAGUGUUGGGUUUGGAAAUGUUUCAGCCAAUACUGAUGCUGAAAAGAUCUUCUCCAUUUGCACAAUGCUCAUAGGGGCUCUGAUGCACGCAUUGGUGUUUGGUAAUGUGACUGCCAUAAUCCAGAGGAUGUACUCCAGAUGGUCCCUUUAUCACACAAGAACCAAGGAUCUGAAGGACUUUAUACGAGUCCACCACCUACCACAGCAGCUAAAGCAAAGGAUGCUUGAAUAUUUCCAAACUACAUGGUCUGUCAACAAUGGAAUUGAUUCAAACGAGCUUUUAAAGGACUUCCCAGACGAGCUGCGUUCAGACAUCACCAUGCACUUGAACAAAGAGAUUUUGCAGCUCUCCCUUUUCGAGUGUGCCAGCCGCGGAUGCCUCAGGUCUCUGUCUCUGCAUAUCAAAACCUCCUUCUGUGCUCCUGGGGAAUACCUCCUCCGGCAGGGAGAUGCCCUGCAAGCGAUAUACUUUGUGUGCUCAGGUUCCAUGGAAGUCCUAAAGGACAGCACGGUGCUGGCAAUUCUCGGUAAAGGAGAUUUAAUUGGAGCAAACCUAUCCAUUAGGGAUCAAGUCAUUAAAACAAACGCAGAUGUUAAAGCUCUAACUUACUGUGACCUCCAAUGCAUUAUCCUCAAAGGUCUCUUUGAAGUUCUUGAUCUUUACCCAGAGUAUGCUCACAAGUUUGUUGAAGACAUACAGCAUGAUCUCACUUACAAUUUAAGAGAAGGCCAUGAAAGCGAUGUAAUAUCGAAAUUAUCAAACAAGUCCACAUUAUCUCAGACCGAACUCAAGGGAAAUGGAAAUAUAAAGAAGAAACUCCCUUCAAUCGUGGAAGAUGAGGAAGAUGAUGAGGAAGGAGAAGAAGAGAGCAGCACACUUUCACCAAUCCAUACAAGAGGUACAACUUGCUCUCAGCAGAAGAAGGCUGGAAGCAAUAAAAGCCACCUGGGGAGAAACUUGAAACAGUUGGCCUCAGGAACGGUGCCCUUCCAUUCACCCAUUCGUGCUUGCAGUUCAAAUUCCUCGAGGACCAAACACGAAACAGAGCUCCAUUACUACUCUAGAAGAAGGGAGAAAAACCUUAAGUUACACUUUUCAGCCCCGAACUCUGGAGGUCCACCUGACUUGAGCCCAAGAAUUGUUGAUGGGAUUGAAGAUGGAAAUCGUAAUGAGGAAAGCCAAACCUUUGACUUCAGCUCUGACCAGCUCCAGCAGGAAUCCAGGGCAUCUCCAACAAUUGGAGAGGCAGAAAUUGGUGCUGCAGUACUUGUUAUCAAAGCAGAAGAGACCAAACAACAAAUCAGCAGGCUUAAUAAUGAGGUCACAACUUUAACUCAAGAAGUGUCACAAUUAAGUAAGGAUGUGAAGAAUGUGAUGUACCUUCUAGAGAACCUGAUUCCAUCCCAGAAGCCACCGGGAUUUUGCACAGUGCAUGGCAUAUCUCGGAGUCCUACCCUGGAAAGCCUGCAGGCUCAGAUGUCUUGGACUACACGUCAGCCUUGCACACACAUGCAAGCUGGGAACAUUUCUUGCACCAAAGCACAGCCCUGCCGCAGUAACACGUUAUGUGACAUCUGGAAAACAGAUCUAUCCUCUGUAGGCAGCAGCCCCCAAAGAACUGAACAUAACCUUCAAAAUUCUACAGACAGUGAAUUUUUCUAUACAUCAGGCCUUCAUAAUUCACCUUCCCAGUAUCAGGUAAUUCAGAAAGAUAAUUUGCAAUUUUUAAGAUGCACCUCUCCCCAUUCAGACACUACCUUGACCCCUCUUCAGUCUAUUUCAGCGACUCUUUCUUCUUCAGUAUGCUCUUCAUCAGAGACAUCGCUACACCUUGUGCUGCCCAGCAGGUCUGAGGAAGGGAGCUUUAGCCAAGGAGCAAUCAGCUCAUUAAGCCUGGAGAAUCUGCCAGGAUCAUGGGACCUUGAAGGAGCAGCCGAAACAGUUUCUGCACAGAUCUCAGAUUUCCCCUUAGAUAUUGUGACAAGCACAAGAGAUGUUACAGACAAAGACAACCAAGCCAUAGAUGUAUAACGAGAAAUAGUGAAGUGGCUCUCAAAGCAUGUUCCACAGCUGCCACUUUUAAAGUUAGAGAGUACCACAUGACUGCGUUCUUUGACUUUUCUCUGGUGAUCAUGGAGACUUACAGACAUGAAAAUUCAGAUUUAUAGAAAGUAAUAAAAGGUAUUUCUGGUUCGUACUAUAGGAAAAAAAAAAAAAUCUAGAUUCUAGAAGCAUGUAGAAAAGCACUUUCUAUACAGAUAAAACUUUCUGGUCUGUUUGGCAGACUGUUGUGAUAGUCCAAAGACCUUGAGGGUCAGAGCAGCUGGAAGUCUAGGAUAAAAGAACUGUCAUGGGCAGCUUUUAUUCAUUGAAGCAAAGGUUUUCCCUGAGUGUCUGACUGUUGUUCCUAAACAAUAUCCAUGGCACUGCUUGCUUCCAGUGAUCGUGGGUCCUGCUGGUCUGUUUGUCAGUUCUGUGAAGGCAAAGGGACAAUUAUCGCUGCAUGUCAUCUAGACAAUCAACAAAAUAGAGCUGGUAGAGAGUGGUCAGUUGUUGCACGUUAUUUGUUAUGUAAAUGAAACCUCUAAAUUUAUCAAAAAAUACUAUUUUUAUAUACUUGGUAUGAAAUAUGUAAUUAAAAAUAUUUAAAAUAUUUGUAAGGAGAAUAAUAAUUUGUUUUCAUUUUGGUAAAAGCUUGCAUUUUUAACAAGAAAUGUACGACCAACAUGUAUUAGAUCAAAUACUAUUUAUUGUUAAGAUUAUGUAGUUUACAAAUGGAUUCCCAUUUAUGUGCAUGCAAUUU